UUUCUCUUUCUUUUUCUUCCCAAAGAUUGAUCUCAGCCACUUCCUAUUGUUCUCGAUCACUUCCUAUUGUUCUCCAUUGUUCUCAAUCACUUCCUAUUUUUUCCUUCAAUUCUUUCCAAAAAAAAAAAAAAAAAAAAAAAAAAAAAAAAAAAAAAAAAAAAAAAAAAAAAAAAACUGAGGCUCUAUUUGGAGGAGCAUUUCUCUCUGCCUUUUCCUCCAGGUUUUGUUUGACGGGAUGGUUUCUCACGAGGUACUAGAGUUCUUCAGCCGAUGGAAUCUUAAUAGUGAACCGCUGAGGAAGUUGAAGACAACUCUAUCAGUUAUCAAUGCAGUCCUCAAUGAAGCAGAAGAGAAGCAGAUAAAAAACCCAGUUGUCAAAUAGUGGGUUAACAAUCUAAAAGAUGCUGCCUAUGAUGCUCAGGACUUGCUGGAUGAGAUUGCUACUGAUGCCUCGCGCUACAAGUUGGAAGCUGAACUGAAGAGUAAGGUACAACUCUUCAACUUGACUUCUCAUAGUUCUUCUUACAAGGGAAUAGAACUUAAGAUAGAAGAGACUCUAGGUAGACUAGAAUAUCUUGCAAAACAAAGAGACCUCCUUGGUCUCGAAGAAGGUGGUGGUUGUGAGAAACCAUCACAAAAAAGGCGGACGACGUCUUUGGUAGAAGAAUCUGCUGUAUACGGUAGAGAUGGAGAUUCGGAGGCCAUAACUGAAUUGUUGCUAGCAGAUGAUGGCAGAGGUGAUAACAUAAGUGUGAUUCCCAUAGUGGGUAUGGGUGGUGUAGGCAAGACCACACUUGCUCAGCUUGUAUACAACAACAAGUUGGUGACGGAGUGUUUUGAUGUUAGAGCAUGGGUUUGUGUUUCACAAGAAUUUGAUGUACUUAGGAUCACUAAAACUAUUCUUGAGGCAGUGACUUCAUCGAUAGGUGAUACUGACGACCUAGAUCUACUCCAAGUUAGGUUGAACAAAAGUCUUGUGGGAAAGAAAUUUCUGAUUGUGUUAGAUGAUAUUUGGAAUGAGAAUUACUUGGAUUGGGAGGUCUUACGAACCCCUUUCAAAUCUGGGGCUUAUGGAAGUAAGGUAAUCUUGACAACACGUAAUGAAACUGUUGCAUCAAUUGCACGCACGGUUCGAACUUAUCAUCUAAAGCCUUUAACGGAUGAAGAUUGUUGGUUAUUAUUUGCAAAACAUGCAUUUGGAAACAGAGAAUCUAUGGCGCAUCCGAACUUGGAACUAAUUGGGAAGGAUAUAGUGAAAAAGUGCAAUGGCUUGCCUUUAGCAGCAAAAACUCUUGGUAGUCUCUUACGGUUGAAGUUGGAUCCUAAGGAAUGGGUUAAGAUAUUGGAGAGCAAUAUAUGGAAUUUCUCAGAUUGUGAAAGCAAUAUUCUCCCAGCUCUCAGGUUGAGUUACCAUUUUUUACCUUCACAUCUAAAGCCAUGCUUUGCAUAUUGUUCAAUAUUUCCUAAAAAUUUCAAAUUUAAAAAGGAGCAAUUAGUGCUCUUAUGGAUGGCAGAAGAUUUUUUGCUGCAUCCUAAAAGAGAGAAUUUGGAAGAAGUAGGUUUUGAGUACUUCAAUGAUCUAGUAUCUAGGUCAUUCUUUUGGCGGUCAAGUGGUAGAAGUCAAUGCUAUGUUAUGCAUGAUCUUUUGAAUGAUUUAGCUCUCUUUGUCUCUGGAGAAUUUUGUUUUAGAAUGCAGGCUGACAAUUCAUAUGGCUUGUCAGGAAAGACUCGUUAUUUUUCAUAUUCUAGAAUGAAUUUUGAUGCCUAUGAGAAAUUUGAAGCCUUUCAUGGAGCCAAGGGUUUGCGAAGCUUUCUACCAUCAAAUGUGUCAGUGCGGGCAGGAUGCUUAAGUACUAAAGUUAUACUCCACUUAUUACCUGAACUGAGAAGCUUAAGGGUACUAUCUCUAUCUCACUACUGGAAUUUGACAGUAUUGCCAGACUCGAUUUGUAAUUUGAAACAGCUAAGAUAUUUGGACAUUUCUCACACUGCAAUCAAAGUAUUACCAGAUUCCGUGUGUACUCUAUACAAUUUGCAAACUUUGCUAUUGUCACGUUGUCGUUCUCUCACUGAGUUGCCUGCCAACAUGGGAUGGCUAAUUAACUUGCGUCAUCUUGAUAUUAGUGGAACAAACUUGAUAGAAAUGCCACUGCUAAUGGGUAGAUUGAAAAGUCUACAAACAUUAACUUCUUUUAUUUUGGGCAAAAAGGGUGGCUCUAGCAUCAAAGAGUUGAGGGAGUUUCAGCAACUUAAGGGAAGCCUUUCUGUUUUGAAGCUGGAAAAUGUUGUUGAUGCUAGAGAUGCUUUAGAGGCCAAUUUGAGGGACAAGUUGCAACUUAAGGAAUUGGUGUUAAAGUGGGGUGGGGAUACAAAUGACUCCAAAAAAGAUAGAGAUGUACUAGACCAAUUGCAACCUCAUGCAAACUUGAGAAAGCUUACCAUUGAAAAUUAUGGUGGCACUAUAUUUUCAGACUGGUUAGGACACGCAUUCUGCAAUAUGGUAUCGGUCCAAAUUCUUAAUUGUAAGUAUUGCCUCUUCUUGCCACCGUUUGGUAAACUUCCCUCUCUGAAGUUCCUCUCUAUUGUGGGAUUAGAUGGAGUAGUGACUAUUGGUACAGAGUUUUAUGGGACUGUUGGUUCUAAAAGCAAGCCGUUUGCAUCGCUACAAACUUUGCGCUUCAAGAACAUGUUGCAAUUGCAGGAAUGGCUUCCUUUCAGAGAAGAUGAUGAAGGUGUAGUAGCUCUCUCAGGUCUUCAACGGCUUUAUAUACAAAAUUGUUGUAACCUAACUAAGGGUCUUCCUGACAGCCUCUCUUCUUUAAAGACACUUGUGAUUGAAAAGUGUCAGCAGCUGGUUGCUUCAGUUCCAUGUGUUCCAGCCAUACAUGAAUUGAAGUUACAGUAUUGCAAUAAGGCACUGUUCAAUGAAUUACCACCUCAAGUGCUAAAGUUCACAAUUAGUGGAUAUGAUGCCUUGGUGUCCUUACCUAUGGGUAACAACCACUGUCUUGAAGAGUUAGAUGUCUCUGAUUGUCCAUCUCUCAGGUUGCUUCCUAGUAUUGGCAAAGCUGACACACUAAAAUCACUUUGUGUCAACAACUGUGGGAAAUUAGUGUUUCCGAUGCACCAAUGCUAUCCAUCCCUUGAGAGUUUGUGCAUAAGAAGCAGUUUCGAUUCCCUUGUGUCCUUUCCAUUAGAAUUAUUUCCAAAGCUGAAUCAUCUUGAUAUCCACAGAUGUCAGAAUCUUCAUUCUUUUUCAUUUUCAAAUCAAGGACCGCUGCUGCAUCCGUUAUGUCUCAGAAGCUUACAAAUCAAUAACUGUUCCAAUUUUGUAUCCUUUCCCGAAGAGGGACUGCCUGCCCCCAACCUGGCUUGGUUCCGUGUUGAUAACUGUAUUAAUUUGAAGGCGCUGCCUGGCCAGAUGCGCACCCUGCUCCCAUCUCUUCAGAUUUUGAGUAUACGUUUUUGUCCAGAACUUGAGUCAUUUCCAGACGGGGGGCUGCCAUCCAGUUUAAAUUCACUUGAAAUCUAUCAUUGUGAAAAACUUAUCACCAGCCGCUUGGGUUGGGGCUUACAAAGACUGCCUUCUUUGAGAAGCUUCUGUAUCAGGGGUAAAUUUGAAAUUUCAGAAUCCUUUCCAGAGAGGGAGCUGCUGCCCUCGUCUCUUACAUCCCUUGAAAUUUGGAAUAAUCCUCUUUUGAAAUCUCUGAAUGGUGAUGAGCUUUAUCUUAUUGCACUAAAAAAAUUGGGGAUUGGCUGCUGCCCAAAUCUUCAUUCCAUGCCAGAAGAGGGUCUGCCAACAUCUCUAUCUUUCCUGAAUGUCAUGAAAUGUCCAUUGCUGAAAAAUCAGUGCCUAAGGGAGAAAGGGGAAGACUGGUCCAAGAUAGCUCACAUACCAGUCAUAAAAAUUGAUGAAAAAGUGAUCUAAAUAUAUCCAACUUCUUCUUAGGAGAAGCAGCGCUAGUGCUUUGUCUGGUCAGUAGAAAGUCGAUGAUUUUUUGUCUUUAAGCUUGAAGCUUCCUGUUCCUUUCACUUCAACGGUCCUCCCUCUUCCUCUCCCUCUCUCUCUCUCUCUCUCUCUCUCUCUCUCUCUCUCUCACAACUGAGAGAAUAGAAAAAUGGAGGGAAGCCGCAAUGAGGAAGAAAUGGAGUAGGUAGUGCUCCCCAAUUUCGAUAUCAUCUACCAGGAAACUAACUCAUAUCCUCUGUACAAUUUUGAAGCCCCAAUGAUGAUUCUUGGGGCAGUGAUAUUAAAAGCUCUGUAUACAAGAAGUCCCGGGUUAAUGUAGGGCCUAAUGAACAAACUUCAUUUAUUUUUCUUAGAAGUGCAGUUGGAAUAUUGCGGAAAGCACUGUUGAAUGGAUGGUCCUUGGGCUGCACAAAGGAUGUGCUUGAGAAGCUUGUGCCUCAUACAAACUUGAAUAAGCUACAGAUCCAUAAUUAUUGUGGCACAAGAUUUCAAGGUUGGUAGGAGAUGAUUCUAUCUGCAAUAUUGUGUCUGUAAGCCUUCAAAAUUGUGAAAGUUUCUGUAUCUUGCUACCCCUUGGGAAACUACCUUCCCUGAAACACUUUUUCAUUGAAGGUUGUGAUGAACUAGUGGCUGUUGGUCCUGAGUUCUAGGGGAACAAUUCUCUUGCGGCUCAGCGGUUUCUAUCACUUGAAAUAUUAAAGUGUAGUUGGAUGUCUGCAUGGGAGGAAUGGUGUUCUAUCAGAGUUGAAGAUGAAUUCAUAGCUUUCCCUCGUCUGCAAGAGCUUCACUUAGAUGUUCUUUUGAAGUACCAAGAUCAGCACAGAGCUUUGUUACAUUAUCAAAUUUCUUAAAGCAGAGUUUCAUGCAAUUCUGCAGGCUUCUAGUUCUCACAAAAUUGAGGCUUUUACAACAUUCCACCUGAUGAUUAUCCCAUAAUUACUUUUUUUGGUGACUACUACGAGCAUUGUAAGCAUUGGAACAAUGGAGAAAAUCUCUAAUAUUGGUGGUGGAAUAGGACUUCUCAUCUUGCUUAGUUUAAUUUACUAGAUGUUUUGUUUUCUGUCCAAUGUAGCAGCAAAAUGAACAGUAUCUGUGGUAAAAUUUUCAUCUUGCACUAUUGGAUUUUUUAAGUUGUAUGUUGUAGUUCACCAUCCAUUUUGUUUGAAAAACGCCAGAGGCUUGUAGUGCUAAUUUUAAUGGUAAUGCUUCUAGUUUGUGUGGCUUUAACU